AUGAUCGAGUUAUGCACAAAAAAGAGAAUGUUAAUUGGUAUAACACUAUUAGGAGGAUUAACAAUACUGGUAUUAAUUGUCGAAAGCCAUUGGACAGAAAAUCCCAACAAACUUUAUUUAGAAAAUUUUGAAAAUAAUACAAGAUGCAUUUCUGGAGAUGAAUAUGAAGUAACAUCAGAAUGUCAUCCAUGUUCUGCUUUUGAAAUAGCAAGUAAAAGCAUUGAUGUAUGUGUCUACGCCAGAUACAAGGAAGUUCUGAAAUGUAAAAGCGGAGAGGCUAUAACAAGAAGUUGUGACAGGGUAGCUUGGCUGGAGGAAAGAGCAUUUUGGAAGUUUGAGACAGUUAUGUUCCUUUUGGCAUUAACUUCCUGUAUCAGUGUUUAUUGGAGAGAAAAUGUCCUGAGGCAAAGGAUAAUAAGAAAAGUAGCCAGGCAACUGAGGGCUAGUGCAUAG